UGUUUUGAUUCAGAUGCUUGGAAACUUCAAACAGAAAUUCAACAUCGACGUUUCUAAGAAAACCAAACUUGUAUAAAUAGUAAAAUUAAGUGAAUAAAAUUAAUAAUGAAUAAUUUAGAUAAACCACAAAUCAUUUGUCAUAUUGAAAAGUCAGUAGACUAUUCACUGUUUGACGCUAAAUGGAUUCCGUGCAGCGCGAAGUUUGUGGUUAUGGGCUCGACACCUCGUGGGUCCGGAGUGAUACAAAUCUAUGAAGUGUCUAGUGGACAAUUAAAACUGAUUAAGAGCAUCGAUCGUUCAAACCCCAUGAAAUGUGGAACAUUCAAAGCUUCUAGUUUGCGAGAUCGUUUUUUAACAACCGGCGAUUUUAAAGGAAAAUUGAAUAUUUAUAACCUGGAAGAUCCAUCGGUGCCAGUUUACUCAGCAAACGCACACAGCGAAAUAAUAAACGCAAUUGAUGGUGCUGGAGGUCAAAGUGUUGGCCAUGGAGCUCCUGAGAUAGUGACUGGCUCAAGGGACGGCAGUGUCAAGGUCUGGGACCCCAGGCAAAAAGGUCGACCUGUCGCUGUGUUUGAACCCAAGGAAGGUGACAGCAGACGUGACUGCUGGUCUGUCGCAUUCGGUAAUUCUUAUAACUCAGAGGAACGUGUCGUGGCUGCUGGUUACGACAAUGGAGAUGUCAAGAUGUUUGAUCUCAAGGCGAUGUCUCUCCGCUGGGAGAGCAAUCUCAAGAACGGUGUCUGUGGUCUUGAGUUUGACAGGAAAGAUAUCCCGAUGAACAAACUCGUCGCUACGACUUUAGAAUCAAAAUUUUAUUUGUUUGAUCUCAGAACUCAGCACCCGAAACGGGGGUUCGCUUAUCUCACUGAAAAAGCUCAUAAAUCAACAGUUUGGUUGGUAAAACAUUUACCUCAGAAUCGUGAAAUAUUUAUGACUUGUGGUGGGGGUGGAUCUUUGUGCCUUUGGAAAUAUAAUUACCCAGAGAAGAGGAAACAAAUGGACGUGGAUGGAAUAGCCUACGGAGUAGUUGGAAGUGUUGAUUUAUUACAAAAUAGUAUAAUAUCCUCGCAACCUGUCAGUUCAUUUGACUGGUGUCAAGAUAAAGCUGGUCUUGCUGUCUGCACGUCAUUUGAUCAGUGUUUAAGAGUCCUUGUUACCACUAAAUUAAAUCUUUAUUAAUUUAUAAAUCAUUUUAUUAUUUAUUUUUACUAGUUUUAAUUUGAAAUUCGCUUGAGAAAAUAUUUUAUAUACAAUUUUAAUGAUGGUGGACCUUGAAAUACGUUACGAGCAAAUUUUAAUUAU